GCUGGUGAGAAAUUGCAGGUCAAAAACCAAGAGUUCAAUAACCCCACAGAAAGAGGGAAAAAACAAACCAAGCUGAAGAAGAGAGAUAACGGAAUAAAGCAAGGCAAACUUGAAGAUAAAACCCAGUACAAUUUUUCAGGCAUUUGAAGUUUUAAUGUGGAAUAGGGCCAUGCAAUCCAAAUCCAACAGAGAUCGGCAUGAUUUCUCUUCUUCUUCAUCGAUCUGUCAGGUAAUUUAUUGCUUCUAGUGCUGUGUCUAGAUCUAUAGCACAUCAUAAUGACAGAACCAAGCUCAGUAGAUGUGAUUUUGGACUUUCUGAGGAGAAAUCGCUUUACUAGAGCUGAAGCAGCUUUGCUUAGUGAACUUGGUAACCGCCCUGAUUUGAAUGGAUUCCUUCAGAAGCUUACCCUUGAAGAAACAGACUCUGACAAGGUUCUAGAGGAAGAAAAGGGAAAAAAAACAGUGGGUGAAGGUCAUGUUUCAGGUUCUCGAAACAGUGGUGAGGUUUCCAAGGAACUUAUAAUAAAAGAGAUAGAAUGCAGGGCUGGAAAUGGGUCUGAAAGCAAAUUGAGAAAUGCUGCUUCUACUGGGGAGCAUAAUAAACCUAAUGAAGCAAAAGUGAUAAGUGAUAAGAGUUUCACUUUCUCUAAAAAUUCAGAGGAGACCGUACUUAAUUUACAGUUAAGGAACGUCAAUACCAUCAAUGGUUCUGAUCUAUACAAAAAUGGAGGUUUUGAUAGUGGUGCUAGCCUUUUGGAGCUAGAGAAACAAGAUCAGUCAAGGUAUUGUGCAACUGAAGCUCCUGAAACAGAUAAAGGUUUUAAAGCUGGAGAAGAGAUUAUGUUUUUAGGUGAAAUCAAAAGUUCAUGGCUUGGAAAUACUAGCAAAGCUAAUGUAGAUUCCACGAAUGACAAGUUUCAUACCAGUGAAAGUAAGGAGCUUGAGCAACGAUUUAAGAAGAACAAUGUGUACAUGAAGGACAACUUUAUUGACAACGGAAGAUGGUCUAGAACUGAGGAACCCACGACUUCGUCUUCAGAGAUAUGGAAAGAUUGUUCUGUGAAGACUGUUUUCCCAUCCUCUGAAGGGGAUGUAUCUAUCAGAUAUGAUGCUGCUAAUACUUCAGAUAAGAGAGAAGGCAAAAAGAAAUCAUAUACACUUGAUGUUAGGGCAACAAUUGAGGAAAUGGAUGAGGUUGGAAGGGCUCUAUUCUUUGGGAAGUCUCAGGGCACAACUGAGCAAAAGGGUAUUACGGGGUUGGCCUUCCCUCUUGCAUCUGUAACUUCAAAAGAAGAGUUACCUAGGUUGCCACCAGUUAAACUCAAGUCGGAGGAGAAAUUGGUUGUCAAUUGGGAGGAAAAAUAUGAGCCUGAUGUCUCAGGUCCAAAGCUCACUGGUGCUGACAAUGCAUUCCUUAUAGGGUCUUAUCUGGAUCUUCCCAUUGGGCAACAAAUAAGCUCUUCAGGUGGAAAAAGGAAUGGUGGUGAUAGUUGGCUUUCUGUGAGUCAGGGCAUUGCGGAAGAUGCAUCUGAUCUGGUUUCUGGUUUUGCUACUAUUGGUGAUGGAUUGAGUGAAUCUGUUGAUUAUGUGAAUGAGUAUUGGGACUCUGAUGAAUAUGAUGAUGACGACGAUGUUGGUUACAUGAGGCAACCUAUUGAGGAUGAAGCAUGGUUUCUGGCUCAUGAAAUCGAUUAUCCUAGUGACAAUGAGAAGGGAACCGGGCAUUCUGGUGUUCCUGAUCCACAAGAAAGAAGUCAAACCAAGGAUGAAGAUGAUGAUAAAUCAUUUGCAGAGGAGUCUUACUUAUCUGGUGAACAUUAUAUCCAGGCAAAGAGUGUUGAACCUUUUGCAGCUUCAGAUGAUCCUAUAGGGCUGUCUGGAACUGAAAUGUAUAUUAGGACUCAUGAGAAUGAUUUAAUGGUCCAGUAUGAUGAGCAAUUGAUGGAUGAAGAGGAUCUUAGUUUGAUGCAUGCUGAACCUGUUUGGCAGGGAUUUGUCACACAGACACAUGACCUUAUCAUGCUAGAGGAUGGGAAAGUUCUUAAUGAGUGUGGGAGAUCUCAUCUGGAUGAUAUAUGCAUAAAUGAUGAUCAGCAUGGUUCAGUUAGGUCUAUUGGUGUAGGAAUCAACAGUGAUGCUGCUGAUAUUGGCAGUGAAGUACGUGAAAGUUUAAUUGGAGGAAGUAGUGAAGGGGAUUUUGAAUAUUUUCAUGACCAUGACAUUGCUACUGGAGGGUUUAGACAAAGUCAUCAUGAGAUAGACAUGAAAAGUAUCGAUAAAUCAGUUGGGGAUAAAAGAAAUACUGGAAAAAUUGAUACCGAUAAGUAUGUUAAUGGGAAUGAUAAAGGUCUGACUUGCCAGCUGAAUAAUCUUACAGAUAGGGGUUUUUCUUUUCCUACACCCCUAAGAGAUGGGUUGGUGCCUGCAGGUACUAGUAAGUCUCUGUGGUCAAGUAACUGCAAUGCUGCUGGUGAUGAACAAGAUGACUGCUUGAGUGCUUUGAUGGGGUCUGAUGAUAUGGUUGCUACAUGGAGACGAAAAAGCAGUGAUUCUUCCGGCAAUAGUUCUAGGGAUGAAAACAAUGCCAAUGCUGUAAGAUCUGCAAAUUCUAGUCCUUCUACUGUCUCUAAUUAUUGUUUUGGUGAAGAAGAGCAGAUGAAGAAAAAAGAGGAAGGGAAAACAAGUGGUGUGAGACAAGAAGAUCCUGGGGUGUCACUCGAGGAUGAAGAGGUUGUUGCUGUCCAAGAGCAAGUGAGACAAAUUAUAGCACAGGAAGAGGAGUUUGAGACCUUCAACCUGAAGAUUGUGCAUAGGAAAAACAGAACUGGAUUUGAGGAGGACAAGAAUUUCCAUGUUGUUUUGAAUUCUGUUUUAGCUGGACGCUAUCAUGUCACUGAGUACCUUGGAUCGGCUUCUUUUAGCAAAGCUAUACAAGCACAUGACCUGCACACAGGAAUGGAUGUCUGUGUGAAAAUUAUAAAGAACAACAAGGAUUUUUUUGAUCAAAGCCUUGAUGAGAUUAAGCUUCUUAAGUAUGUUAACAAACAUGAUCCAGCUGAUAAGCAUCACAUUCUCCGAUUGUAUGAUUACUUCUACUACCGAGAGCAUUUGCUAAUAGUCUGUGAGCUUCUCAAGGCAAACUUAUAUGAAUUUCAUAAAUUUAAUAGGGAAUCAGGUGGAGAAGUUUACUUCACAAUGCCAAGAUUGCAGUCUAUUACCAUUCAGUGUUUGGAGGCGCUUCAGUUUUUGCAUGGCCUUGACCUAAUACAUUGUGAUCUGAAGCCUGAAAAUAUAUUAGUAAAAAGCUAUAGUAGAUGUGAGGUGAAGGUCAUUGAUCUUGGGAGCAGUUGUUUUGAGACAGAUCAUUUAUGCUCCUAUGUUCAAUCCAGGUCCUAUCGUGCUCCAGAGGUUAUCCUAGGACUUCCAUAUGAUAAGAAGAUAGAUAUUUGGUCGCUUGGCUGCAUCUUGGCAGAACUCUGUACUGGCAAUGUCCUGUUCCAAAAUGAUUCACCUGCGACAUUACUUGCAAGAGUAAUUGGAAUUAUAGGACCGAUUGAACAAGACAUGCUUGCAAAAGGACGGGAUACUUACAAAUACUUUUCCAAGAAUCACAUGCUUUACGAACGUAAUCAGGAGACCAACAGGCUAGAAUAUCUGAUACCGAAGAAGACAACGUUGAGGCAUCGAUUGCCUAUGGGGGAUCAGGGUUUCAUUGAUUUUGUUUCUCAUUUGCUUGAAAUAAACCCUAAGAAGCGGCCUUCUGCAACUGAGGCUCUGAAGCACCCAUGGCUAUCAUACCCGUACGAACCCAUAUCGGCUUGAAUCGCAUGCAGAUUUGGUUGCCUCGUUUCGCCUCUCGUAACAACUUAGGAAUGAGCUGUAUGUUCUUUUUUUUUAACUGACUCGGCAGUCGGGUUAGUCUGUCUGCCCCAGUUCACAUGCCUGCAGGUGUGUUUGAUUUUGUUUGGUUAGAAUAUUUAUAGUUUUUAUUUGCUUUUUUCUGCCCCCAUUUGAAAGUAGUACAUAAAAUGAACAUUAAGAAGGAUGUAAUUUUCAAACACUGUAUCCUACUGAGGGGGGGACCUUCCUUCAUUACUGGAAUUUAAUGAGGUGGAAGGGGAAUGAAUCUUGUUGUUCAUGCCAUGAGGAUC